AUGGCCCUCCGAAGAGGAACAGCCCACAUGCGUUUCCCCCCGGGCGGCGAAAAGAAGGAUGAGAACGCGCCCAAGCGAGCCCUCUCCUACAGUGCUGCCCUUACUCAGAAAACCGCCCUCGCCCCACCAGGCCUGGAAUUUCCCCUACUGAGGUGUCAAGUAAAAGCAUUAAUCUUGUCUGCAAAUUUUUCGUGGCUAAAGAAAGCAAAUGGCUCGACCAACCAAAGGAAGCAGCUCGCAAGAAGUGUCAAAGGUUUCACAGAAGAAUGGUGGCGUCCUCCCAAGCGAAACCUCACGGCCUUCUUUAUCUGGCUCGCCGAAAAUCGCGCCCGUCUCAUCGAAACUGUCAAACCUAAUAAGGUUCUUAAGGCAGCCGGUGCUGAAUGGAAAAAACUCGAGAACAAGUCCGUAUGGGAGGAGAAAGCCAAGGCUGACAAGGAACGCUACAGAAAGGAAUUGGAGGCUUUUAAGGGACGAUCGCCAUUUGCCCUUCGCCAAAUAAACACAAAUGAUGACCGAACAGCAGCCAAAAACCCCGGAGAAAUCAACGAUAAAAACAAUGCAAGUACUCCAUAUUCUCCAAAAAUGAUGAAGAAACAACGAUGCGCAUGCUCAGAAGGCACCCACGAGGAAAACUACGAAAAAAGAAUCAGAACAACAACA